GGUCGCGCAUGCUCCGAACUCCUUUUUCGCGUCUGAGCCUAGAAUAAGCACCUGAUCUUGUUGGCAGUUCGCGGCAUCUUGAAUGACGGAUGUGGCUACAAGAGAUACCCAAGUGUUGCUCGGCCUUUCUCCCUGCGUUCCGAAUAGGAGGAGGUAGUUUGCAACCCUCACCAAGCUUCGAAAUGAUAGGACUGCUGGUAGCAACCUUGUGGGGCCCUGAUUAUAUGAUGCGCCGGAGCCAAACCCGCUACGGAGAAACAUUUGAAUCAGUGCGCAAUAGAUUCCCCAGCUUUUGGAAUUUGAGCAUCGACGACCCCGCCUGAGAUCUUACUGAAUACCUAUAACCAGGGUACCUCGCGUCUGUAAAGGCUCGACAAGAUGGACUCCCGCAAGAGGAAGAAGAAGGUCCUCUUGAUGGGCAAAAGUGGCUCUGGCAAAUCGUCUAUGAGAUCCAUCAUCUUCAGCAACUACGUCGCAAAGGAUGUUAGGCGACUCGGCGCAACUAUCGAUGUCGAGCAUAGCCAUGCUAAAUUCAUGGGCAACUUGACCCUUAAUCUCUGGGAUUGUGGAGGUCAAGAUGCCUUUAUGGACUCCUACCUCAACGCUCAGCGCGAGAAUGUCUUCUCCGACGCUGCAGUGCUCAUCUACGUAUUCGACAUCGAGUCUCGAGCCGUCGACCAGGAUCUCGAGACCUACAGCCAAGUCAUAAAAGCUUUGAAAGAGUUCAGCCCAAGCGCCCAUGUCUUCUGCUUGAUACACAAAAUGGAUCUGGUUCAGAACGAGCACCGCGAAAGAAUAUAUGAAGAAAGAUGCCGCUUAAUCACCGCUCGAUCCGAAGGACUUAGCUUGGAGACUUUCGCCAGCAGUAUCUGGGAUCAGACAUUGUACAAAGCCUGGGCCGGGAUAGUGCACAAGAUGAUUCCAAAUCUGGUGGUGAUUGAAAGGUUUCUGCAAGCUUUCGCAAAACAGUUACAAGCGGAAGAGAUUGUCUUGUUUGAGCGGUCGACGUUCCUGACCGUCACGAACGUUGUGACUGCCUAUGGUGAGGACAACCCAAACCACGACCGGCACGAGCGUAUUUCGAAUAUUAUGAAGAGCUAUAAACAUACUGUCGCCAGGAACACGAGGACGACUUCUGCGAGUGCGGGCUUCCUGCUAUUCAAGGUUCAGACACCACGAUUCAACUGCUUUCUCGCACGGUUCACCGAAAACACGUAUAUCUUUGUGGUCAUUCCACCUGGAGAAGCUGCUUUUAACUGUGCAGUAUUGAACACCAUGAUGGCGAGAGAUGUGUUCAGCAAGAAAACUGGCGUCGAAGGUUGAACACGAUAUAUACACUCGAUAUCAGAUUUGAGUCACUUCCGGAGCAAAGAGGGUGACCGCGUUUGUCCCCGCGGAAGACUUGGGCCCGAAUGCCGUGGUAGAUGUUAUGGUUGGUUGGAUGGUGGCCGACCAGAAAAAAAAUGCCUGGGUC